GGGAUGCGACAACUUGCUUUCGAACAGGUUACAAUUUUAGCUGCAUACUUUAAUAGACAAACAUAAACGGGGAAAGGCGACAACGCACGAUGAGAGAUGAUUAUGAAGACUCUGUGAGAAGAGAGAUGUCGGAACAGAAGAAGGGAUUAUAUGAGCGCAUCCCAUAUGUCCAGCCCAUAGCGCUCGGUCUCUCCAUGAAUCACCAGAUAGCGCAUUACAAGGACACGCUUGGACUUCCCUUUCCCCUGAACACGACAACCUACCUGGAUCCUGUGUACGGUCAGAGAUUCGCAGGGAGUCUCUCAUAUUUCCCAUUCCGCAGGCACAUCGGUGUAUAUGACUAUUCAUUCGAACCAGCGUUCAUUCGAAAAAGGAACGAAAGGGAACGGCAACGGGUGCGCUGUGUAAACGAGGGUUACGCACGGCUCCGGGAGCAUCUUCCCCAAGAGUUCGAGGACAAAAGGCUCAGCAAAGUGGAGACACUGCGUGCUGCAAUAUACUACAUAAAACACUUGCAGAGUCUGUUAGAUGUCAACGUGUCCAGUGGUGGUGGGAUAGUUGAAAUGUCAGCUGGAGAGAUGCGCAGCCGUGCGCCCGUGCCAAAGAUGACAGAAUGCUACAGCGACGGCGAGUCAAAGAACAGCGACAGUGGAGAGUUGAGUUUCUAGAACUCUGUAAAACGAAUAAACUUGAUUUCCUAUCACUUUAGGCUACCCUUGUUGAAGUUUGGUAAAAAAAAAGAAAUGACAUGAAAGUUAUAUAUGAAUGAACUGUGUACUCUAUCAUUAAUUUCAAUGAACAUUUAUAUUACUUGAUUUUGACAAAAAGCAACAAGACAGUGCAUCUGUAAAGCCUGCUAUCAGAUGCUAAAUCAGGUUAAAAGUUGCACAAUGUUUCUCUCAUGGAGUCCCGGGCAUUAGGGUAUUUUGGUUUGCCUUUGUAAACCAGUGUGAGACUUAGAAUGACCUUAACCCAAAUAUAUUUUGCAUAGGUACAGUACGUGCUUUGCACUUCCUUGUUCAUGUACAGUGUCAUCGCAUCACACUCGAAAACAGGCCACUAGAGAUAUAAUUGUGUAGGUCUACAUUCCUUAUGACAUUUUCAGUUGUGUCAGUGACUCAGUGUGCCAGUAAAAUGAUUGGGGGGGGGGGGUCCCCAAACUUUUUUCUUAGAGCAAAUUAAUAAUAUUACAUCCUUAGCUAUUUGACACGGAUGUGAUGGACUGAAAGCAAGUGGAUUUGAGUCAUCCAUCCUUUCAGCAUUUGAACUCAGUCCAGGGGAGAGUAGGCCUGAACAUCAAUGCCUUGAUGACAGGAGAGCCUGGAGUGGUGUAUCCAUCGGAAGUGUGUGUCUCAUGUCUGUUUACACUCUACACUCUGACUAAUAGGUUAAUAUCUAUCACACUUUAUUAUGUGUGGAUGAUUGAAACUUUGGACACUUUUUAAUACAUUUUAGCAUAAUCUUUGGCAGUGAUGAAAAGCGACACUUCUUUUCUUUGUAUGGCGCCCUUUUGGGACACUGUAUUACAAUGAGUAUUAAAAUAGGAUGUACAGUAUUUUCAGUAUCCCUUUGUUAAUAAA